CUUAUGUUUUUACCAACCUUGGAAAAGAAGGACCCGAGGGACCUGCAAACACGAGUGGUUACCUAGGAACGACUCUAGAAGGCCAGGUUACGUUGAAUGCUGGAAUCCAGAUGUGGCAAGUACCAUACACAGGUACUUACAUAAUCGAGUCACGUGGUGCAGCUGGUGCAAACGGCACUUUUCAGAACAGGUUGGGAAAGGGCUCCGCUGGCACAUUGAAGCGUGGAGGCUUGGGAGCAAAAAUAAGCGGAAAAUUUUGGCUUACUCAUGGGACCUUGUUGAAAAUUCUUGUGGGCCAGCGUGGAAUGAUAGGUACAUAUGGUUGUAGACGUGGACAUAUACAUAAACAGCUUUUUUUCCGUGCUGGUGGGGGAGGUGGAGGGUCUUUUGUAACAUACGUGAAUAAUACCCCCCUUGUUAUUGCUGGUGGUGGUGGUGGUGGCGGCAGCAGCUGCUGUGGUGCAUGCGUUGGGAUUGCAGAUAAAUCUGAUGGUGAUUCGGGACAGUUAGGGGUAUUAGGGAGCAGAUGUAACAGUACGGUAGGAAAUGGGGGCAUGCUAUGUUCUAAUGAAAAGGGAUACACGACCGAGGCUGGAAGUGGAGCUGGGUUGCUAAGCGACGGUAGUACUUCGUGGUUUUCUCCUGCUAGGUGUUUUGUCGACGGAGGGAGAGGUGGUAGUGGUAGCGCUGACGGAGGGUUUGGUGGUGGUGGUGGUUGCG